UGACAACAGAAUGUCAGAGGACAGAUCGUGAUGAAACACAUCAGGCCGAAUCCAUUUGAUUGUUUUUGUCUAACAUGGGCUUUUAUAUUCAGUCUUGUAGCCUCUGCCUAUUCUACUUCUAUGUUUGGAUCCAAAUAUGUAAACUAGACAAAAACUAAGCUGAGGUGCGUAUUUCUGUAAUGCUUGGAGAUCGGUUGACCUUUGAUUUUGGUUCGUUUAUUUCCCCGUUUAAAUAGGUGGACUUCAAUAUGGACUAUUUUGAUUUAAAAAAUAAUGUACGCAACUCUCCGUGAAAUCGAAAAGAUCUGCAUGAGUGAGACUGACGUGUUCCCACUUUUCCACAGAAGCUGUGCGUAUUACCAACUGCAGCAUCGGGAAACAUUUUCCUCCCCCCGGCGGGACAAUAUAAUGUAUAACAUGGAAGCUCUGCCGGUAGACGUUGUCCACUUUUCCUUUAUCAAUGCUGACUAAAGUUGUGAUCCUGAUUCCUGACCAUAUGGCUGCGGCUGUGGCUCAGUCAGCCUCAUACUGAAAUCACUCCGGUCCACUUGAACCUGCGCGUCCGGGAAACACCACAGGACAAUGAACAUCUGAUCUGGAAGACCUUGGUAUUUACCCGGACUAAAAGAAGGACGUCAACUUUAGUUGGGAUACUGCUUUUACCUGGUUUCUACUUUAUGAAGAGCAACACCAUAGGAAAAAACAUCCACAAGAGAUAGGCUGGGAGGGGAUGCGUCAGAGGAAGUCGGAUGAAGUUCCGAAAUAAAUGCGGAUGAUCUGACCAGGGUAGCGUCCUCAUCCACUGGAAACCAAAGACGGACCUCCUUAUCGUCCCACCCAUCCGAGGGGAGGAGGACAAACCCACGCGUCCUAAGCAUCUCACAUGACCUAAACAUCUUCUCAGGCACAUUAGACACUUAAUACAGCUAGGAACCCCAACCAGGCUUCUCUGAUUAGAACCUGAUCGUAGGUUUUGAACCCCAACCAGGCUUCUCUGAUCAGAACAUGAUCGUAGGCUUUGAAGCCCAAACCUUCCCCGGUUCCCGGUUCGCGUGGGAGGGCCUGGCCUCUCGUCGUAACCCGGACCAUGAAGCCCCAGCGGCGGUCCUGCUGUAGGAGGACUUCCAGCCCCUGGCUUGAUGCUCUGUGGUGAGGAGAUCCACAACACAUUGUUCAUCUGUUUCGGUGAUCGUCAAGGUGGAUUGCAGCGCUCAACGCUGAGGGUUAUUGAAAAGGAGGAGCCCCGUGCAAUCUUUCAAUGCAUUCAGAGCUCUAAAGGUGUUGUUUCUGUCUGGCGGCCGCCGGGAGAUCAGAUAAGAAGAGCGCUGGGAAGAGAGAAGCAGCGCCUGCUGUUAGGACCUGCAUACAAAUGAAUCUCCAGCAAGCCUCAAGCAAGACUGCUGCACCGAAUCAAUACUGGUUAACCAAAGCGGACAAAAGAUCCAUUUCCAUUACGAUGCCGUAGAUUGUGGUUUGAAUUUUUAUAUGCAUAUAAAAAAAAUAUUGAUGUAAGAAAUUUCAAAAGGGGGGCACGGAGAUAAGGGGGCAUAUUAGAAUAUUAUCGCUGAAAACGGAGGGAACCCUGAAAUCGAAAAAGCUCCUUGUCAGAGCGCUGGCGUGUGCCACGAUGCAGUGCUCCUCGUUGCAAUGAAGGAAGAGCCCUUCAGUCGCUCCCUGUAAAGUCCCAGAAGAUGCUGAUGACACUCGUUUGAAACUGCUUCGGAGAUUUGUACAGGCACGAGGCGAGAUGGAGCUCGAUAACAGCUCGCUGGAACUUUACUUCGGCAACGGCACCGAAGGGUCUCCGGAGAACACCACCACAAACCUGCCUUGGGACGAUGCCACGCUGCUGGGCCUGCAGGUCUCCAUCUCCGCCCUCCUGGCCCUCCUCACCCUGGCCACCGUGCUGUCCAACGCGUUUGUCAUCGCCACCAUCUACCUGACCCGCAAGCUGCACACGCCGGCCAACUUCCUGAUCGGCUCGCUGGCCGUCACGGACCUGCUGGUGUCCAUCCUGGUCAUGCCCAUCAGCAUCGUGUACACCGUGAGCAAGACCUGGGCCCUGGGCCAGAUCCUGUGCGACAUCUGGCUCUCGUCGGACAUCACCUUCUGCACCGCCUCCAUCCUGCACCUGUGCGUGAUCGCCCUGGACCGCUACUGGGCCAUCACGCGCGCCCUGGAGUACUCCCAGCAGCGCACCAUGCGGCGGGCGGCCGUGAUGGUGGCGGUGGUGUGGGUCAUCUCCAUCUGCAUCUCCAUCCCGCCGCUGUUCUGGCGCCAGGCCAAGGCGCACGAGGAGCUGACGGAGUGCAUGGUGAACACGGACCAGAUCUCCUACACGCUGUACUCCACCUUCGGCGCCUUCUACGUGCCCACGGUGCUGCUGAUCAUCCUCUACGGACGCAUCUACGUGGCGGCGCGCUCCCGCAUCCUGAAGGCGCCGGCCAGCCGCGCCAAGCGCUUCACCACGGCGCAGCUCAUCCAGACCUCGGCCGGCUCCUCCCUCUGCUCCAUCAGCUCCGCCUCCAUCCAGGAGGCGCACCUCCGGUCGGCCGCCUCCGCCGCCGCCGGGGUCGGGGCGUCGCCGUCGGGCACCAACAGCGUGAAGGUGAAGCUGGCGGACAACCUGCUGGAGAGGAAGCGCCUGUGUGCGGCGAGGGAGAGGAAGGCCACCAAGACGCUGGGCGUGAUCCUGGGCGCCUUCAUCGUGUGCUGGCUGCCCUUCUUCGUGGGCACGCUGGUGCUGGCCGUGUGCACCCAGUGCUGGUUCCACCCCCUGCUGUUUGACGUGUUCACCUGGCUGGGGUACCUGAACUCCCUGAUCAACCCCGUCAUCUACACCAUGUUCAACGACGACUUCCAGCAGGCCUUCCACAAACUCAUGAAGUUCAGGAGGUGCUCUUGAAGAACUGCUUGUUUGCUUUUCUUGCUUCAUCUUUUGACACGGUUCAUGUGUUGGAUUCAACUGACUGACGGAAAGAGAAUAUAUGUAUUUUAAGAAAGGACAUCAAUGUGAGGCAAACUAUGGACAUGAGAGAUCUAUUUCUUUGAAAUAGCAAUUCUAUUAUAUUUGUAGAUAUAUGGAGAAUAGAAAAAGAUAUAUAUAUGAAUCUAUAUAUAUAUGAAGAUUUAUGGAGGAUAGAAAAAGAGCCUUAUGGACUACAGUAUGUUCCAUUUAAUGUAAUGCUAUUACUAAAAAAAGAUAAGAUCAGACAUAAAAGAUGAAAUAUAAAUAUACAUGACAGAAUGUGUUUUAGUGAGCUGUGCUUUUUUUGUUUGUAUGUACUUAAAUCUUAAAUCACAGAAACUGUACCGUAAUGUCCAGAAACGUCUUCAAACACAUUGUUGCAUGUGUGUCUGAAAAGACGCUUUCUUGAUAUUUCAUGAAAACACGAACUGGGGUAUUUUUAAUCCACAGAGAAAGGAUAAUUGUGAAAGAGAUUCCAUAAGAGAAGGACAGACUCCUCUUGUUGUGGAGAGCGGGAAUGAAAGCCAUGGAAUAUACACGACCACGUCCCAGAAUCACAGGAUAUUGUCCAUAUGAAGUUGCUGUGACACAGUAUGUAUUUUAAGAAGUCUAUGAAGUGUAAAUAUCUAAUUAUAUGAACUAUAACAGUGUGUGUGUGUGUGUGUGUGUGUGUGUGUGUGUGUGUGUGUGUGUGUGUGUGUGUGUGUGUGUGUGUGUGUGUGUGGGGGGGGGGGGGGGGGGGGGGUCAGUGUGUGUGCGUGUGUGUGU